AUGUCGUCGUGCGGGCCCCCGCGGAGCUACAACGCCGACGACGACAAUUACGACAACGACUACGACUUUGACGACGACGAGGCGGGUGUGGGAGGAAUGGGGGGGAUAGGUUGCGGGCCCUUUGGCAACGUCGUCAGAGGUGCACCGGCCCUCGCUGACGGCGGCUCGGAUCUGGGCGCGGAAACGGGUGCAAGUUCGACCUGGGUACGCACGGGGUUCCGCAACCCGUGGCCCAGCGCCGUCAAGCCCACCCUGGCACAGGUCUGGGCCGGCCUCGAGUGGGGCGAGGAUCGAGAUCCCUGCAUCCCCCUCGCCGUCGAGGCUGCACGCACACUCGUCGAUCGUACCCCCGCCCCCGCUUCAGCGGAUCUCGAUGCAAAGUACCGUGACGACAACGAGGGCAACGACGAGGACGAGGACGGAGAGAUUGAAGAUACGCUUUUCAAUCAACAACACCUCGGCGCGGCGGGCAUCGACGACCAAACGGCAAGACGGACGGCCGACACAUUGCUGCGCCGCGUGGCGCCCGACUUUACCAUUCCGGACGGCGUCAGGUCCAAAACGACGUGGCUCGGCCACGCUUCCGUCCUGCGACCGAUCCGGAUCCUGAUUGAUCCCAUCUUUUCCACGCGCUGCUCCCCGACCCAGGUCGCGGGGCCCUACCGCUCCUACGCGGCGCCGUGUGCGGUGCAGGACCUGCCGCCCAUCGACGUCGUCCUCAUCUCGCACAACCACUACGACCACCUCGACCUGUCGACCGUCGCCGAGCUCUGGCGCCGCAACCGCGCCUCGCUCCGCUUCGUCGUCCCCCUCGGCAAUCGGCAGUGGUUCCUCGCCCCCGACCAGAGUGGUGGGUUCGGCGUGGAUCCGGAUAGGGUCGUUGAGCUCGAUUGGUGGGAGUCGAUCUGUUUGCGGUUUGCCGGCGGGGAAGGGGUCGGGGAUGAGGAGGACGGGGAGGGGGAGGCAGAUGAGGAGGGCGAGGGCGAGGAAGAGGAAGAGGGCCAGGGCCAGGUCGAGAUUACGUGCACGCCCGCCCAGCAUGGAUCGGGUCGAGUCGGCCUGGACGCAAACGUCUCGCUCUGGUCGUCGUGGUACAUUUCCUCGUCGUCGUCGUCGCCACCAUUGAUCGCCGACCAGUCAAGCCCGGACGGGAACGGCAAAGGGGCCAUCGGAUCGCACCGCAUCUUUUUCGCAGGCGACACCGGGUUUCAGAUGCACACUUCGCCCCACUACCCUCCUUGCCCCUCUCCCUCUCCCUCGUCGGCGCACACCAUCGACAUCGACAUUGACGAGGCGGAACGGGAGCAGGAGCGGGAGGGGGAGGGGGAGGGGGAGGGAGGGGCAGCGACGUGUCCGGCGUUUGACGAGAUCCGGACGCGGCUGGGACGGCCGCACGUCUCGCUGCUGCCCGUCAGCGUGGGUGCGACGCUGUCGUUUGUGCGGAGCUACGUGCCCCUCUCUGACCGCUUCAGCCCGCUGCCGCGCAUCAAACCCGGCUUGACGGGCGGAAACCACGCUACGCCCUGGGACGCCCUGCGCAUCUUUGACAUCCUCACCAACCCCCCGAAACGGCAACACCACCAAGAGCACAACGACCAAGGGGACGCAGAGGAGUACGUGGCGGUGGCGAUUCACUGGGGUACCUUUGUCUCUGGACCGCUCGAAGUCGUCAAGACCGUCGGUAAUACCCUCUGGGCCUGCCAAGCCCAACACGUCCGGCUCCGACUUGGCGACGACGCACUCCUCCACGAACCGCGCUCCAACGACGACGACACCGACGACGACGGGCAGAAGGGCGACGGACCGGCGUCGCCGAAUCGAUCCCGCCGCCAUCGCCACGAGGGCGCCAAGAGGACCUUCCGCAUCCUGGAUCACGGCGGUAGCGUCUCGCUCUAG